AUGCCUUCCUUCACGAAGACCUUUGGGGUUGUGGUGGCCGGGUUGGCGGCCCUCUCAUCAGCGCUCCCAGCUGUGCCCAAGUUGAGCAAGUCUCAGAUGAGGCUGUACCAGCACGCGAAGCGCCAAAACGCAGCGGCCGCAGCCCUCGGCCUCAACGAUGUUGACAUCUUGCAAUUCGCCCUCACGCUCGAGUGGCUCGAAGCGACCUUCUACCAGCAAGGCUUCGCGCAGUUCCCCGCGACCGACUUCCAAGCGCUCGGCCUCGACCAGCGCGAGAUCGACGCGCUGAUCAAGGUCGGCCAGACCGAGGAGGAGCACGUCAUCCUCCUGCAGAGCGCCAUCGCCCAAGCCGGCGUCCAGCCGGUCCAACCCUGCACCUACAACUUCGGCUUCACCGACGCCGCCGGCAUGGUCGCCACCGCCGGCGUGCUCGAGAACGUCGGCGUGUCGGCCUACCUCGGCGCCGCCGCCCUCAUCUCCGACACCUCCAUCCUCACCACCGCCGGCUCCAUCCUCACCAUCGAGGCCCGCCACCAGACCUUUGUCCGCGCCGCCUCGCGCGGCAUCCCCGUCCCGCAGGCCUUCGACACCCCGCUCUCGCCCAAACAGGUCUUUUCGCUCGCGGCUCCCUUCAUCGAGAGCUGCCCGGACGGCUCCAACCUGAUCCUCACCGCCUUCCCCACCCUGGCCAUGCCCGAGGGCGCCAGCGCCCAGGCGGUGGCGGCUGGUGCGUCGGUGCAGCUGCAGAGCGAGGCUGCUGCCACGGCCACCCACUGCGCGUUUACUACGGGUGGCAUCCCGGGUGGUACCGUGUUCAGCCCCUUCGACCAGGCCGCUGGCUGCGUGGUGCCCCAGGGCCUGGCGGGGGUUACGUAUGUGAACUUGGCGAGUGCCGGGCCGUUGAAUGGCAUGUUGACGGAUGAUAUUAUUGUGGCUGGGCCCAUGGUCAUGCAGGUUUCGUGA